AUGGAAUUUAUUGAAAGAUGUCUUGGCAGAUUAUUUUAUAAUUUCAGAGGAAGAGAUGUUCAUUUAAUUUGUAAUGCAGAUAAUGUAUCCAUCAUCCCAUCAACCAUUCAAUUAACUAGUAGUGAUUUCAAUGAUAAUGAACCAAUGCCAUUAGUAUGUACCUCUGGAGAAGGAGAAGAUAAAUCUCCAUCACUUGAAUGGAAAAAUAUGCCAGAACAAACCAAAGAGAUAUUAAUAAUAUUGGAAGAUCCCGAUGCUCCACUACCAAAACCUGUUAUUCAUAUGAUAUGUCGUAUUCCACCAACAUUUAAUUCAAUCGAACAAGGAGUAUUGAAUAUAGAUAAUAACAUUCACAAUUUCAAAUUCUUGCCAGGAAUAUUUGGAAGGCUGGGAUAUCACGGACCACGUCCAGUUAGAAUGCAUGGGUCUCACAGAUACAUUUUUCAAAUAUAUGCUCUAAAUGAACCUAUCCUUGAUGAAGAGGUAACCAAUAAGGACGAUUUAAUAGAUUCAAUAUCUAAAAAAUCUAUAUCUCGUGGUACUCUCACAGGAACUUUUGAAAGAUUCUAA